AAAUGAAAAUUGCAUGUAUUUUGUUAGGUUAUCUUAAGAAAUAAUUUAUAAAGCAUAAGUUUUAUUGAAACUACUUUUUAUAAAUGAAUAGACAGUGCUAAAAAAAUUAAACAAAAUGAAAAUAUUUUGUGACAUUCAAAUCGUCAAUCGCCUCGCUAAUGCAAAUACCCAAAGUCGUUCCCAAAAAUCAACUUUAGCAAUAGGAGCAGGACUAAAAGAUGAUAAACAAGUAUUUCUACUACAUUUUACAAACACAAAUAAAUCAGGUACAAAAUAUAAUUUAAAAGACAAUCUAGAACAAGUAUUCUGCAAGUUCGUUAAUGAAGGAAAAGCAACUAUACGUUUAAAAACACCCCCUCAAGAUAUUUGUAUAAAAUGCGAUGCUACCCAACUAAAGGGAUUUUUAACAACUCUCAAAUGCAGCCUUAGUGGUGAGGUGCCAAAAAAAACCUUAGCACUUUCUAAUAUAUCUGCAACUUCGAUAACCAAGAAAAUGCAACCAAUUUUAAAACUGAACAUUACGAGCAGGGCUCAAUAUCCAACAAAAGGUUUUCCUAGAACUCUACAAACAUUAAUCAUAUCAGGAUUAAAAUUAGAAAGAUUUGAGACACAGAUAAUACAAUUAAGGUCAUUGCACACAUUAGACCUAUCUGAUAAUUGCCUAAAAGUAUUACCCCGAAGUUUAGGAAGUUUGUCGAAUUUAACAUCUUUAAGUUUAAGUGGUAAUAGCUUAUAUAUAUCUAAGUUAAAUGAAUGGCAAUGGCUAGACGAAAUGCCUAUUAGAAAUUCUUUAAAAACAUUGCAAUUAUCAAAUAAUAAUUUAUCAGUUUUACCAGAUAAUAUUGUGCAAUUGCAUAAUAUAGAAACACUAAGAGUUGAUAAUAAUAAGUUGAGGAUUCUGCCUGAUGGAAUGAAUAGAAUGAGAAAACUGCAAUAUCUUUUUAUACAAGUAAACAAAUUAAAAUUUUUACCACAAACAUUAUUCAAAAGAAAACUAGCAAAUGUGGAUAUAAGCUCAAAUUGUUUUGAAAAGAAAAUGUAUAUUCACGGUGGUGAAUUCAAAAAUCAAAUUUCUUUAGUUGAACUGAGUGCACGAACGAUACUCAAAUAUGAUAUAAAAUAUUCACCUAUUCUAAUUCCAAGGACUAUGUGUAAAUAUUUAGAUAGAUCUACAGAAUGCAUGUGUUCUAGAAAGAUUGUUGAUGUAUAUUGUUCUGUUGUUACAUCGACAAUAGAUAGGCUUGCUGAAUCUGUAGCAUUUGAUGCAUCAACAGCAGAUAGGCGUAUGCCUGUAAAAUUAGAUAUUUGCUCUCAAAAAUGUUUCGAACCAUUUGCAGAAAUACCGAAAAAUGAAUGAA